GUCAGUGCGCAUGCGCACAGCCCGGUGUCAGGUGUCAGCAGCUGUCGAGCUGGUGGAGAGCAGAACCGACACAGCACGUGAAGCCUGCCCAGAAUAACCGCGAGGACCCAGUCAGAAACCGGUCCAAAACCUACGCGAACGGGCCUGAACCGAACCGGCCCGCGGGUCUGCCCCGGAGCAGAAGGAGGAGCUAGCCAGCUAACUCAAGGCGAAUCUUCUGGACCGGACCAACCACGCCGCUCCGGUCCAAACCGGUCCACGGAUCCGCCCCCACCCGGCAUGCUCCUGCGCCCACGAGGCUGCUCCUGCUGAAGUUCGAGUCCAGAAGGAGGACCGCGCUGUACCGGUUCGGUCAGACCGGCACAGGCCGACAUGUUGAUGAUAGCUGCAGUGAGCGACGGAACCAGAGGCUCCGCCCCCACAAGCAAGAAGCAACGCCGCAGAGGCAAAAAACACAAACGAGUGCGACCUCAACAGAACCGCCCUGAUGAGUUCCUUGAUGUUCAGACCUCAAACCCCAGAAGCAGCUCUGCUCAGGCACUCCCCCAGACCCAACACACAAAGCUGCUGCCCUCUCCAGGUUGUCCAGAAACAUCCACAACAUCUCCAGAGGAUGUGCAUGAAACCUCUUUAUUACCGCCUCAGAGCCCCUCCCACAGUCAAUCACCCCGAGAAACACCACCACCUGCACCUGACACAGGAAGUGCUGCAGGAUUCCCCCCGCUGCCCCUGGAGACCAUCCUUCAAACCUUCAGUCUCAGCCAAUCAUCUCCUGUCACAGCAGAUUGCCCCGUCCACAGUCUCAGCCCAUCACCACCAACUGUUGACCCACAGAUGACCCAGGAUGCUGCCUGCUUGCCCCCCCUAGCCUUUCAGAGUUUCUGUGCAGACAACCAAUCGGAGAUUUGUGGACCUCCUUUCAGUGUACCUGAAACACCAUCAUCAUCCAAAUCCCCUCCCACAAUUCAACCUUGCCCCUCCCAUCAUGAGUCCUGCAUGUUGACCGCACAGACGUUCACCUCCAGUGGGUCCUCCCACCUGUACACUCCUCUCUCUUUUUCUCCUGCGCCCUCUCUCCCCUGCUCUCACGAUCCUGCUUUCAGUUUCUCUCCCAUCAUGCACUCAGCUGCCCAUCAACUGAGCCCACCCCCUCCAGAGUUAACCCCACCCCCUAUUCAGCUCCUGGGCUCUGAUGAUGAAGAGCAAGAAGACCCCUCAGAUUACUGCAGAGGGGGAUACUACCCGGUGAAGAUAGGUGACUUGUUCAACGGGAGGUACCAUGUGGUGAGAAAACUGGGCUGGGGGCACUUCUCCACCGUCUGGCUCUGCUGGGACCUGCAGAAAAAGCGCUUUGUGGCCCUCAAGGUGGUGAAGAGCGCUCCUCAUUACACAGAGACGGCCCUGGAUGAGAUCAGGCUGCUCCGAUGUGUCAGGGACAGCGAUCCCUCUGACCCACACAGGGAGACCAUUGUUCAGCUCAUUGAUGACUUCAAGGUCUCUGGAGUCAGUGGAGUUCAUGUUUGCAUGGUUCUGGAAGUUCUAGGUCAUCAACUCCUGAAGUGGAUUAUUAAGUCAAACUACAUGGGACUUCCUCUGGUCUGCGUGAAAACUAUCAUCAGACAGGUGCUUCAAGGCCUUGACUACCUGCAUACCAAGUGCAAAAUCAUCCACACAGACAUCAAACCAGAGAACAUCCUGUUGGUGGUAGAUGACGUAUACAUUCGGAGAUUGGCAGCUGAAGCCACUGUCUGGCAAAGGAUCGGAGCUCCACCUCCCACUGGAUCCUCAGUUAGUAUGGCUCCUAGGAAUCUACAGGCUGGAAAAAUGUCCAAAAAUAAGAAAAAGAAACUGAAAAGAAAAGCAAAACGUCAGCAGAAACUAUUGGAAGAAAGACUUGAGGACAUACAGAGAAUGGAGGAAGAAGAGGGUCUGUUUCAGCCCGAUGACAUAGAUUCUAAAGCCAACAGCAAAGCAAGUCCAGACUCCAAAGGUUCUUGGUUAGAAGAGCGGUGUAAUGGCCACAGCACCGGGCGAGUCUCAAGUCCAGCCUCCGGUCUGUCAGGGUUCUCCAGCUCGGUGAUGUCAGCAACAUCUGAGUCAGCUCGUUCCACUCAAUCUGGUUACUCCAGUGGAAGAGACGCGAUGAAUUCCUCAGACUUGAUCAUCAGUCCUCUGGAUCCUCAGAACGCAGACAGAAUCCGAGUGAAGAUUGCUGACCUGGGAAACGCCUGCUGGGUGCACAAACACUUCACGGAGGACAUUCAGACCCGGCAGUACAGAGCUCUGGAGGUUCUGAUUGGAGCGGAGUACGGGCCGCCAGCCGAUAUCUGGAGCACCGCCUGCAUGGCUUUUGAGCUGGCAACAGGAGACUACCUAUUCGAGCCCCAUUCAGGAGAGGACUACACUCGGGAUGAAGAUCACAUUGCCCACAUCAUCGAGCUGCUGGGGCCCAUCCCUGUGCCCUUUGCCUUGUCUGGCAGGUACUCAAGAGAAUACUUUGACAGAAGAGGUGAGCUGCGGCACAUCUCCAGCCUGAAGCCCUGGGGUCUGUUUGAGGUCCUGCUGGAGAAGUAUGAGUGGUCUCUGGAUCAGGCGGCGGCAUUCAGCGACUUCCUGCUUACCAUGCUGGAGCUGCAGCCAGGACGGCGAGCGACGGCAGCGCAGUGCCUGCAGCACCCAUGGCUGCAGGCAUGAGCAUACAUGCACAUGUGCACGUUCACUGUUUGACUGUUAGGUGUGUUAGGUACCCCCAGCAUUCAAUGGUGCAUCAUUCUCCUCCAAGUUCUUCCAGUUGCCCCUGCUUCACACUUUCUAUUUGCAGCUACCCACCCUCCAGUCAUAGUGCCUUCAAAUGAAGCAGCUUUUCUACCUGUCUGUGAAAAUAAAGAUGAAAGCACACCUAC